AUGAAAGAUGAUAUGAGGCCAGCAAGCUACCAAAUUUUUUCAUUACUUUCUCAUUUCGCAAACUCAAAAGUGACAGCAGACAAUCUCAACGCCUAUCAACUCAUUGUCACCACCGAAGCACUAAAGCCUCACAAUCUUAAAGCCACCACUGCCACACUACACGCAAUGGAUAACAAGCAAGCUAUUGUUGGGCCUGUAGAGCACUACGUCAAGGACUGUAUGAGCUCACCCGAGACCCUAUCCUUGGCCCUGAAACGUACAUUAGCGGUAUCUAAGAAAGCCAGAACCAUCGAAGACAUCAGAAUCAUGGCAUCCAAGUUUCAUUUAUUGGCGCGGGUUUCAUUGGACAGGGCUGCUAAGCUCAGCCGAGCUUCAAGCUUGCUAACGAUAUUCGAAGAGAAUCCACGUGUAGCAAAGAAGUACAAUGUCGACAUGAUCCAGGUAAUCAGGAAAUGGAGCGCCUACAAGAUCAGUGUUGAUCCAGAAUGGAGGGGGGAGGCUCAGUUUACUGAUGUUUUUGACUCGGUCGGAUCUGAUGGUGUCUUGAAAUUGCUCAAUGAGAGUCGUGGUUCGGGUGAGGCUGCACUUUCGUCUGUAGAAGAUUAUAUGAAGAGUUUGUUGAAGUUAGCUGCAGAGAAUGAAGGAGAGCCCACUCCUGACGGAGGAAAUUAUUGUGUCAUGUUAGGAAAUUUGUUCGGAUACUUCCAAUGUGGUCUGAUAAUGGCCCGCGUCGAGGUUUAG